AUGGACCUGAGGGAUUUUUACCUGUUGGCUGCUCUGAUUGCCUGUUUAAGGCUGGAUUCAGCUAUAGCUCAAGAACUUAUUUACACUAUUAGAGAGGAGCUGCCUGAAAAUGUACCCAUAGGAAACAUACCAAAGGAUCUGAACAUUUCUCACAUCAAUGCUGCCACAGGGACCAGCGCCAGCCUCGUCUACAGACUGGUUUCUAAAGCAGGGGAUGCCCCUUUGGUCAAAGUGUCCAGCACCACUGGGGAAAUCUUCACCACCUCUAAUAGAAUAGACAGAGAAAAACUCUGUGCUGGAGCCUCCUAUGCUGAAGAAAAUGAGUGUUUUUUUGAACUUGAAGUGGUGAUUCUCCCCAAUGACUUUUUUAGGCUGAUCAAAAUAAAAAUCAUUGUAAAAGAUACCAAUGACAAUGCACCUAUGUUUCCAUCUCCUGUCAUCAAUAUUUCCAUACCUGAAAACACGUUGAUCAACAGCCGCUUUCCAAUUCCAUCAGCAACUGAUCCUGACACAGGUUUCAAUGGUGUACAGCACUACGAAUUGUUAAAUGGGCAGAGUGUCUUUGGACUGGAUAUUGUUGAAACUCCGGAAGGAGAGAAAUGGCCUCAACUGAUCGUACAGCAAAACUUGGAUAGAGAGCAGAAGGACACCUAUGUGAUGAAAAUCAAAGUAGAGGAUGGAGGAACCCCUCAGAAAUCCAGCACAGCCAUACUGCAAGUCACAGUAAGUGAUGUCAAUGAUAACAGACCAGUUUUUAAAGAGAGUCAGGUGGAGGUUCACAUACCAGAGAAUGCCCCAGUAGGCACCUCUGUAAUUCAGCUUCAUGCUACAGAUGCAGAUGUAGGAAGCAAUGCAGAAAUCAGAUAUAUUUUUGGUGCCCAAGUUGCCCCUGCAACCAAAAGGCUCUUUGCUUUAAAUAACACAACAGGGCUGAUUACAGUUCAGAGGUCCUUAGAUCGAGAAGAGACUGCUAUUCACAAAGUGACAGUGCUGGCCAGUGACGGUAGCUCUACUCCUGCUCGGGCAACUGUUACCAUCAAUGUCACUGAUGUAAACGAUAACCCUCCUAACAUAGACCUCAGGUACAUUAUAAGUCCCAUCAAUGGCACAGUAUACUUAUCUGAGAAAGAUCCUGUCAAUACAAAGAUUGCCCUAAUUACAGUUUCAGAUAAGGACACUGAUGUGAAUGGCAAAGUGAUCUGUUUCAUUGAGAGAGAGGUCCCAUUUCACUUGAAGGCAGUUUAUGACAACCAGUAUUUGUUAGAGACCUCUUCCUUGUUGGACUAUGAGGGCACCAAAGAAUUCAGCUUUAAAAUUGUUGCCUCUGAUUCUGGCAAGCCCAGUUUGAACCAGACUGCCCUGGUAAGAGUUAAACUGGAGGAUGAAAAUGACAACCCUCCAAUUUUCAGCCAGCCUGUAAUUGAGCUGUCAGUUUCUGAAAACAACCGUCGUGGUCUAUACUUAACAACUAUUAGUGCCACAGAUGAAGACAGUGGGAAAAAUGCAGACAUUGUUUAUCAGCUUGGCCCUAAUGCCUCCUUUUUCGAUCUGGAUCGAAAGACGGGAGUUUUGACAGCCUCCAGAGUUUUUGACAGAGAAGAGCAAGAACGUUUCAUUUUCACUGUAACAGCAAGGGACAACGGCACCCCUCCUCUGCAGAGUCAAGCGGCUGUAAUUGUUACUGUGCUGGAUGAAAAUGACAACAGUCCCAAAUUUACUCAUAAUCACUUUCAGUUUUUUGUAUCUGAGAACUUACCAAAGUAUAGCACUGUGGGAGUGAUCACAGUGACCGAUGCAGAUGCAGGGGAAAAUAAAGCAGUGACCCUUUCCAUCCUGAAUGAUAAUGAGAACUUUGUGCUGGAUCCUUACUCUGGAGUUAUAAAGUCCAAUGUUUCUUUUGAUCGAGAACAGCAGAGCUCGUACACCUUUGAUGUCAAGGCCAUUGAUGGAGGACAACCUCCUCGCUCUUCUACAGCGAAAGUAACAAUAAAUGUCAUGGAUGUUAAUGAUAACAGCCCAGUUGUCAUCUACCCACCUUCUAAUACUUCUUUUAAGUUGGUGCCACUCUCAGCAAUCCCAGGCUCUGUCGUAGCAGAAGUAUUUGCUGUGGAUAUAGACACUGGAAUGAAUGCUGAACUUAAAUAUACAAUUGUAAGUGGAAAUAACAAAGGUUUAUUUCGUAUUGAUCCAGUGACAGGUAAUAUUACUCUGGAAGAAAAACCAGCUCUUACUGACGUGGGGCUGCAUCGUUUAGUGGUCAACAUAAGUGACUUGGGUUAUCCUAAAUCCUUGCAUACUCUUGUGCUUGUAUUUUUGUAUGUAAAUGACACUGCUGGAAAUGCCUCUUAUAUUUAUGACUUGAUACGUAGGACUAUGGAAACACCCUUAGACCGGAACAUAGGGGACAGUAGCCAACCCUAUCAAAAUGAGGACUAUCUUACUAUCAUGAUUGCUAUAGUGGCAGGUGCUAUGGUUGUGAUAGUGGUGAUAUUUGUCACGGUUCUGGUUCGCUGUCGACAUGCAUCUAGGUUCAAAGCGGCACAAAGGAGCAAGCAAGGUGCUGAAUGGAUGUCUCCCAAUCAGGAGAACAAACAGAACAAGAAAAAGAAAAGGAAGAAAAGGAAGUCUCCUAAAAGUUCUCUUUUGAAUUUUGUUACCAUUGAGGAGUCGAAACCUGAUGAUGCUGUCCAUGAACCUAUCAACGGGACAAUAAGCCUUCCAGCUGAGCUGGAGGAGCAAAGUAUAGGAAGAUUUGACUGGGGCACAGCACCACCAACAACCUUUAAGCCUAACAGUCCUGAUCUUGCUAAGCAUUACAAAUCUGCCUCUCCACAGUCUGCUUUUCAUCUUAAACCUGACACUCCAGUAUCAGUGAAAAAGCAUCAUGUGAUUCAGGAACUUCCGUUGGACAACACCUUUGUUGGUGGUUGUGACACCCUUUCCAAACGCUCUUCCACUAGUUCAGAUCACUUCAGUGCCUCAGAGUGCAGUUCCCAAGGAGGCUUCAAGACAAAGGGCCCCUUACACACCAGACAGCCACAGGACGAAUUCUACGACCAGGCCUCACCGGACAAGAGGACUGAAGCUGAUGGCAACUCUGACCCCAACUCUGAUGGGCCUCUUGGUCCACGAGGAUUAGCUGAAGCUACAGAGAUGUGUACUCAAGAAUGCCUGGUUUUGGGUCACUCAGAUAACUGUUGGAUGCCUCCCAGCCUGGGUCCAUACCAGCAGCCAAAGUCUCCUCUCUCCACCUUUGCACCUCAGAAAGAAUGGGUUAAGAAGGACAAACUAGUGAAUGGACACACGUUGACAAGAACCUGGAAAGAAGAUAGCAACAGAAACCAGUUCAGUGACCGAAAGCAGUAUGGUUCUGGUGAGGGCCAUUUCAACACUGGCAAUCACAUGACUGACAUUCCUUUGGCUAACUUGAAGUCUUAUAAACAGGCCUCAGGACCUGCUGAGAGUCCAAAGGAGCACCAGCUAUAAGAAAUGGCUACUUUGGAUCAAUGACUUUAGUCUACUUAGACUUGCUAAUACUGUGCGUGUGUGUGUGUGUAUCAGAGCUUUAUGUACUGGGUAGACCUCUAGAACUAUGCUUCACAUAGCAGAGAUAUGCAUAUCUUUGUGUUAGCCCAAUGGAAAGUAUAAUGUUCUGCAACACAAAAGAGUGUUUCUACUAGUUGUGUGGUUUUGUUAAAUAGACAUGAUUAAACUCUGCAGAGAUCUCUCCAGUUUGCAAAUAUCCUUUUUGUUUGUUUGUUUUUUGACCCUGGACUGCUGCUACAAACAACAGAAGAUGCAUUUGGAGAGUGAUAGACCAAGAGAGAGAGUUCAGUGGAUUAUAAUGAUUGAAAAGCAUAUCCAGUUAGAAAAUUGUGCUCUUGCUGUCAUUGAUCUGUGCUGGGACUGCUAUACUUGAUAUCAUACCGCAAACAAAACAACUAAAACUAUAAACAUUAAACCUAUUGUGCUAUUAACAACAUUAGUGGACACUUGUAAGUCAAUCAGUGUUCAAAAUACUUGUAAAUAGGAACAAUUAUUACUAACAAAAUUUGUGUACUUAUAACGUUCACCUAAAAGGAUACUGUAGCAUAAUUCUUUGUUUCACAGUUGCUUUUUACUUUCUUUCAUUUGCUUCCUGUUGUUUUGUUUUUAAUUUAAGUGAUGGUGUUUCUGUGUUAGUAGUCUGUCUGACACACAAAGUUCCAAGGAACUCAAAACACUUGUGUUUAAAAAAAUAAACCAAACAAAAAACCUCUUGUUUCUGUUUAACAGCAGAUGAUGCUGGCAUUCUAGUAAGCAAAACUGUUUGCAAAUAUUAAAAAACAAAAGGAUUUACGCAAGGGCUUUAAACUUUAAUAACUUUAAUUUCACUUCCAUUCUGUUUUGCAAAGCAGGGGAACUUAAAAAAAGAAAAAAGAAGUUAGCUAUGUGGGUGGUGGCAAAGGAGCGUCAGAUGGCAUUUAUUUAGGAACUCUGAUCAGUUAACUGUCGUCUCACAAUUAAUGAAAAGUAACAUUGAGCUAAUUUGGAGUAGAAGGAGGGAAAUUUGGAGAAACAAAAUACAAGGAUCAUUUUCUUUCCAAUUGGGCAAGUGUGUGUCUAUACCUAAGACAGUUUGUAUUGCUGAAAAAGCGGCAUUUGUGUUGAUCCUCAUCUGCGUUAAUGUUGUAGUAACACAAGUGUUUUUAGACCAUAGCCACAGAAUAUUUAAUGUGUUGUGCCUUCAUGAUGUAACAGAGCAUUCUCCUGGUAGGCUAGUUGGGGAAACUAAGGGUUAAAACUCUAAUUAUUGCUGUUUAACUGUUUGUUAUCAUAGUUGGUCAAUGCCUGGCAGGUACCGGCGUCAUGUCACUUCAGUCAAACCAGCAGAGUGACUCCUACUAUUAAUAAGAUCUAAGUUGCACGUAAAACAAAUCCAAAGCUGGACAUUCUUAGGCGGUUUUUGUUAAGGCAUGACAGAUGAUUUAAACAAAUAAAUAGCAUGCAGAAAAAAAAUAAGAAAAAAAAAGAAAAAAAGAAAAGAAAAAAAGCCCUUACAGAAAAAAAAGGGGAAAUUAUCUUAUGCCACAGUUGAUCAAUCUUAAAAUAACAAACUUAGGUAAUCUGAAGGUUAAUAUGUUCUUACCAAAAAAAAAAAAAGUUUUUUUUUGUAUAUAGCAGUUCACAGUUUUUUUCCUCCACAGUAUAAAGACAUAAAAUGGGUUAGGGGUGCAUUGCUUAUUGCAGUACUUAUGUCAGUUUGUGAGGGGUGUUUGAUGACUUUGACAGAAUAAAUAUCUAAACAGUUAUCCUUGUUACUGCUUUGCCAGUUCAACGUUAUUUACAGUUAUU